AUGUCUUCAUUGUUGAGUGAGGUUGAGAGUAUGGAUAGUCUACCAUUCCGUAAGGAGAGUACACCUAGUAGGGUUAAUUCUAGUGCUUCUAUUGCGCCUUCGAUCGAAGAUACGAAUGAGAAUCCGGAUGAGUUGAGGGCUCUUAGAGGCCAAGGUCGUUAUUUUGGUUUAGCUGAAGAAGAAGGUGGUAUUAAGGAAGCUGCACCAAAAUGUAAUAAUUGUUCGCAACGAGGUCAUUUAAAGAGGGACUGUCCUCAUGUUAUAUGUACGUACUGUGGUGCUAUGGAUGAUCAUUAUUCUCAGCACUGUUCGAAAGCCAUUAAAUGUGCAAACUGUAAUGAAAGUGGGCACUAUAGAUCGCAAUGUCCUCAGAAAUGGAAAAGAAUCUUUUGCACUAGAUGUAAUAGUAAAAGACACUCAAGAGAUAGAUGUCCUAGUGUUUGGAGGGUUUAUCUUCUAAAAGAUGACAGGCCUAAAAAGAGGAAGAAGUUGAUUUUACCGAUGCAUAGCAUAUACUGCUAUAAUUGUGGUUUGAAAGGACAUUUCGGUGAUGAUUGUGACUUAAGACGUUCUUCAAGAGUACCUAAUGAAGAUGGAAGUGCAUUUUCAGGUGACAAUUUAACUAAUUCUUUGAAAAAGGAAUAUUUCCAAAAUAUAGAUAAUGUAAGAAGAGAUGAAAGAUCAGUCUCCACUUGUGAUUACUAUGAGGAAAAUGAAGAAAGCUACUAUGAUGAUUAUGAAUAUAACGAAGAGGAAUACGAUCAAGGACGAAAUAAUAAUAAAAGGAAAUCAAAUUCUAAAAAGAGGAAAUUUUCAAAUUUUAACCCUCCACCUUAUCAAAAUAAUAAGAGCAAGAAAAAUAAAUCAAAGAAUAGUAAACACUAUUCACAUCAUCAGGACGAUAAUAAUAAAAAAAGACAAAAAUCAUACAAUGAUACUAGCCAUCCAUUAGACUUCCCUCGUAACAACAAUAACUAUAAUAGUAAUAGAAAGGAUAAUGCAAAAAUAUCACAAAAUAUGAUGAAUUCAAGAUAUGACAAAGUACCUGGAAACAAUAAAAGACAGAGGUCGGACAAUUAUAAGUCAUAUAAUUCUUUUAAAUUCAAAAAAUAA